GCUGGUUUAGGUUUUCAGUUUUAAAUAUUUAGUCUGUUGAAUCCCUAUGACAGCAAAGGUUUUUAGCGGCGACUAUCACUACAAUAUGAGUUUUGCAUUCGGAGACACUACAUCCGAACAAGAAGCGGACUCUCUCUUUUCCUCCGCAGGACCGAGCCAAGAAAACAUCACUCAGCCGGAAGAGCCCCUUCAAGUUCCGGCCAAAGUUACAUCUUGCUCAUCGGUGCAUGUAACGGAGCAACUGGCUUAUUUCAACCCAAUGCGAGUCAACGAUUCUUACCCGAUGUCUGAACACGUUCCAAGUUACGGUAGAGACGUCUCGCAGCAACCUUUGAAGAAAUGGGAGUCCUAUAGCGCCAAGGGCCUGACUCCCACACUGGCGACACCUGCUGCUAAAACCGAUGUACAGCAGUCUACAUACGCAGCCAUGCCAAAGAACGGUAAACCAGCCCCCAGUUCUCUAACAGAAGCAUGCGGUGUUUUAAGAGGCAGUGAAUAUGAGCGCUCAACCAUCCCAUACUACGGUACCUCUGCUCACGUCCGGCAAAACAUUGGAAAAAGCGACAACGGCAUCGUCUCAGCUCUCCGCACGUCUCCCAUAAUUCGUUCGCCGAUCGUCACCGAAAGAGAAAAUGGCCGCUCGCUAUCGACUUCAGGUUCAGACUCCGGCGCCCACGGGAAUCUGGUGCAGUCGGCGCCGCCGAGAACAAUCUCGGAUCUCCCCAACCUGAACAGCGGUUACCCGUCGACCGACAACCCAUUUCGUUGCUUACCUGAUAGCGGUGAUGCUUUCAAAGGCCUUACUGCAUGCGGUAGUAUGUUAAGUCAAUCAACCUGUCAGGAACAAAGAUACACCCUUCCACAUUCAACCAUCCAUACUGAACAUCCGUUCGACCACCCCGGCCACUCUAGCAUGUCCGUUACAUACGCCAACGACAGUUUAUAUUUUGGUUCAAUGGAUCAUUACGGCUCACAGCUAAGCGCGAGGCAGUACCCUCAAUUCGUCACCCACCCUUACUACCCCCAUUACCCAGCUCCUUCAUUACAUCAUACAGAUUUUGCAACUUCCACAAUUCCAAAUCAAGUUGUAGCUCACGACCAUGUAGCACUACUACCACACCACCAUCAUCCAGCUGCAGCAGCCUACAGUCAUCCAUACCAAACUGUUCUUCCUGGUCAGCAUUACCCAGUAGAUGUUACAAGACAUGGAGCCCAGAGAAGGCGUCGAAGGCCAUACACUAAGUACCAACUUUCCGAGCUAGAAAGAGAGUUCGGAGCGAACGAAUUCAUAAGCCGAGAAAUGCGAGAACAAAUUGCCGUUAGAGUGGGCUUGAACGACCGGCAAGUUAAAAUCUGGUUCCAAAACCGAAGGAUGAAGAAAAAGAGAAUGCAGCACCGUGGGGAGCAGUCUGUAGAGGACGAAGAUCAACUAGGGAUGACAGAAGAGCCCGAUCUUCAGUUAGGUGCGGUUCCUCACUGUGAGAAUUACAUGACGGGCUAGCGGCUUGAUUCAUAUCAUGAUAUUCUUUCAUAUUCAUCGUGAAUUUUCACGAGCGGAGUCAUCGCGCCGGUACAGAGGCCAGCAGCAGCAGUAAUGGGGUGGGAGAACGCCUCCGCUGUAACUAUGAGGAAAUUCCAACUUUGUAUUCGUGUAAAACCAUAUUGCACCUUCAAGCCAUAACAAAUGUUCGUACUAUAGCAAAAAAGCCAAACUCGCAAAACACAUUCAUUUCUUUUCUUUUCAUUUCUAUAGUGCAUUUCUUUGGUACAGCUCAUUAGAGUGUAUACAUUAUUAUGCAAUAAUGCGCUUUAUUUGUUAAGUGCAGUUUUGUUUUCUAGCACUUAGCCUUCAUUCAUGCUCAUUUGUUAAUAAAUCAUUGCCAGACAUCGA